AUGAAUCAUGAUUACACACCAUCUAAUUGGGCCAGGCCUAACUUUGGAGAAAAAAACAGAAGCAGAAGAGAAGAAGUGGAGCGUAGCGUUGGUGGGUUUUCUUCUUCUACGCAUUCGAACUCCAAAGUCCCGCCUGCCUUAAACCUUCCCGCUGUUUCAUCAACACAUCACCACCACACAACAGGAAUCAAACACCAGUCAGCUCCGGCGGUGGUGGUGGUGGUGGCGAUGUCAAUGUCGGUUGCUGCCGGUGCUGAUGACGUCAACUUGUCAGUUCAAAACCCUCUAUCCAGAAUACAACAAAUUUCUUUUUGCAAUCCUCCUAUUGCUACUCAAAAUUUGCCCAUGUUCUUGAUUUCACCAAAACAAACCAUCAAAAGUGAAGCAAUUAAUACAAAUACAAUUCCUGAAGAAGUAGAUUGUCCUUCAUUUGGAUCAUUGCCUUGUGGUGUUGUCAAGAGAAACAAGAAAUUAAAAGCUUUUAAGCCUGGAAAUCAAGAACCAAAUGCUGACUCUGGAGAAAAUCUAGUUGCUGCUUGUCGUUAUGAUAGUUCUCUUGGACUCCUCACAAAGAAGUUUGUUAAUUUGAUACAUGCUGACAAGGAUGGAAUUCUUGAUCUAAACAAAGCUGCAGUUAUAUUAGAAGUCCAAAAGAGGAGAAUUUAUGAUAUUACAAAUGUUCUUGAAGGGAUAGGAUUAGUAGAAAAGGCUUCAAAGAAUCACAUACGUUGGAACAGGAAAAGUAAGACGUUGUCACCACAAAAUUUGGAUAAACAUGUUAAAAGAUUAAAGGCUGAGCUUCAACAUCUAAAUGCUGAAGAAUCAAGACUUGAUGAGUGUAUAAGGGAAACACAACAACGCCUCAACUCUAUGGAAUUUGAUCAUAAUACUCGAAAGCAUCUUUACUUAAGAGGAGAAGAUUUUAGGAAUCUUCCAUGUUUUGAGAAUGAGACUUUAAUAGCAGUAAGAGCACCACAUGGUAGUUCUAUUGAAGUUCCUGAUCCUGAUCAGGAUUAUGGUUUCUCUCAAAAGCAAUUUAAACUUAUUAUCAGAAGUCAUACAGCUCCCAUUGAUCUGUAUCUCAUAAGUGAAUCAUUUAAAGAAUCUACUCAAGAAGGUGGGAGCCACAUCAACAAAAAUAGUAGAGAGUUGCAAACGCAUUUAGAUUCAGUCAAAGUCAACUCGGUUGACUCCCCUUCAUAUGGAAUUCAAAAGAUAAUCCCACCUCAAAAUGAUAUUGAGGAUGAUUAUUGGUUUGGGCCAAACCCGGAGGUGAGUGCUACCGAUUUAUGGGGUCCAAAUCUACCAUAACAUAUUAAAAUCUUCAUUAUUAUUUAACAUUUUAGAACUAGUUUUAUAGCAAGGUUUAAUUGAUUAAAAGAGAAAGGAAAUAUGGCAAGUAGAUGAUGAUAUUACAUUAGUUGUUUUGGUAAUAAGAGUUGUUUUUAAACAUACUUAGAGCAUUAAAAAAGGCUUUGGGUGUUUGGCAACCAAAUGGUGUAACCUUGUAUUAUUGUUAUGAUGAUAUAUGGUUAGAUUAAUAGUGAAA